GGGCUUGUUUACACCCCUACUUUCAUCCACAACCACCACCAUCAUCAUUCCAAAACAAACCCCUUUUCGAUCAAGGCCCAAACCCUAGAUUUCUCCGGAACAUUCUUCGAAGGAGGCCUCGGAAACGAAGAUGACUCCAACAACUCAUCCAUGGCUGCCGUUGAAGAACAAGAGGAGCCCCAGUGCCCACCGGGUUUACGACAGUAUGAAACCAUGGCUGUUUUACGACCCAAUAUGUCUGAAGACGAACGACUCUCUUUAACCCACAAGUACGAAGAGUUGCUUGUUGCUGGAGGUGGGAUGUACGUUGAGGUGUUCAACAGGGGAGUUAUUCCACUUGCAUACAGCAUCAAGAAGAAAAACAAAGCUGGCGAAACCAACACAUACUUAGACGGUAUUUAUCUUUUGUUUACGUAUUUCACGAAACCCGAAUCGAUUGAGGUGCUCGAGGCAACGUUAAAGAUGGAUGAUGAUGUGAUUAGGUCAUCCACCUUCAAGGUUAGGAAAAGAAAAUAUUAGUUCAUGUAUCGGAACCAGGAAGGAUUAGUGAUGUAAUACGCGUUGAAUGUGUUAAGAGUACGUAAACCAACUCGGCAAAACCAGUGGCAAUGUUGUUCCAAAUUCUAAUACCCAUUUG